CCAGCGUCCGGUGCCCGCUCUACGAGCUCGCUGUCGUCUUCCGCAGAUCACACCCCGCCACACCUACUCAGCAUGCGUCUCCUGCUACUGCUCGUCAGCUGUCUGGCCGCGGCCGCCGCCGUGCUGCUGCCGGCCGGGGGCGGGGGCGGGGGUCGCGCCCGCUGUCCUCCGCGCCGAGUCAUCACCGACGUGGUGCCCGUCUACGAGACAGUGGUGCAGACGGCGUACCGCACCCGCGUGGUUCCCGUCGUCCGCACCGUGCUGGUCACCAACACCCUGGUCGUGCCGUCACGGGUGUACCGCACGGUGGUGCAGACCCAGUUCGCGCCGACCGUGGUCAUCCGCACCGGCGUCACGCAGGUGCAGCAGCAGGAGGCGCAGGCGUACACGGCGAACUAGCCGUCACCAGCUGUCACCAGCCGUCACCGGCACCAGCGACGGCACUAGCCCUGCUGUCAACACCAGGUGGCGGGUCCGAUGCGUUGCAAUGACAACAUCCGGAGCGGCGACGAAGGCACAGCCGCGCCAAAAAUGUGCGCGUGCGCUGACUGAAGUCCGGCUCGGUCUGGCAUCAUGGCGCAGGGUGGGGGUGCCCAGUGUGCUCUGGUGCGUGUAGGUGGUGCCAAACUGCAUACCUGACCCUCACUGACGGCGUGAGCACGACUUUGCUUCGGACUGAUGGGACGAAAUUGAUGUGUCUUGUGCAUAACGGGUAUGUGUUGACCGAAAAACUGUACGUAUUUAUAUAAUUGCGCUGUUUAUCGAAACAAAAAAUGUAGACGUGUUGAGAUGUUACAUUUAUCAAGAGAGCUUCGUAUUCGUAUUGACAUUAUAAUACAUUUCAGUCUGGAA